UCGGGUGCUGACGGUUUCCGUCGUGCCGGCCGGCGCCAUCUUAGAUUUUGAACGAACCUCGCAUAGAGCCGUUCAGUAGUUCGCCGAGCGUAGACAGUUGAAAGUCAAAUCGAUCCCGACGAAAACGUAAACAAAAUGAGUUCCAAAGAAAAUAACGAUGUUGCGGUUGAGAAACUAGACAACGAAAAGAGUACCGACAAGGUGGAGUUGAAGGGAACGAAAAGGGCGGCGGAGGACAAAACGGAGGAGGCCAAAAAAGCGAAAAAGGAAGAAAAUGGCGCGAAUUCAGAGGGUGAGGAGUUAGAAGAAGAAGAGGAGGAAGAAGGUAUUGAGGAAGAGGAAGAUACGGGGGAAGAAGAUAUUCCUGAAGGGGAGGAUGAUGAAAUAGAAGGAGAAGAAGACGAUGACGAAGUGGAGGGUGAAGAAGAAGUAAUAGAAGAAGAAGAAGAGGAGGAGGACGACGCAUAAUAGAGAGGUACCCGUCUACCUUGUGAGAACAAUCUUGACGGACUGAAAUUCGGUGCGAAAUAAGUCUCGGGAUACUUUGUGGACAAUAAACUGUCUCACCCAUCUCAUCCUGUUAAUUGUUAAAGAAAUCAGUGCCGGACAUACACACACAUAAUCACAUGCAUACACACAAUCAUCGUCCACCCACAAACUACCUUGCGACUUUUCUUCGUCCGAAUGAAGGGGCCCUGGGCCUCUCUCAUCAGUGUGACCGUGUUCGCGAAUCGCGGUACCUGACUGUGUUUCUAACUUAUUGCGUAUCCCCUUCGAUUUGUAAAAAAAUGUCCAUUUUGUGUAAAGAUAGAUAUAAAUUUAGUUUAAGUUCGUCUCUGGUGCAGAUUUUUGGAAUACCCAGCCCAUUUUUUUCUUUUUCUAUAUCGAUUCAUUGUACAAAUCAACUGUUACACACACCGACGGGCCUCUACGAGGUCUACACAGCAUUGUAAAAGAAGGGCAAUAAAGCGUUAUGAUAGGCUAAAAAAAUAGAGGAUAGUCUAAUUUGUUUUUAGAUCAGUGUGUUUUUCUUGAAUGUAUGAUAUAUUGUAAUUAUUUUUUAUUAAUUUUAUUUCUGGAAGGAGUGCUCGCACUUUCUCAUUCACUGCCAAACGUACGCCUAAGAGUUGGUACGAAAAACCCUGACGCCUGUGGGAGCUUUCAUUUUCGAAUUAUAGGGUUGGAAUUUCUCACGAGUCAACGUAUGGACCAUUCCAGGCGAUUUUGUGUUUUAUGUAAAUUUACAUAGUCUAUUAUGUAUUUUUUUACAUCGUGUAAAUUUACACAAGACUCCAGUACGGGUCGGGAAUUUGGAUUUGUAUGUAAUUUAUCGUAUAUUAUUUGAAUUUUGAUGGUACCAGGGGAUUUCCGUACGAUCUGUCAUCGUCGUUUGGCCUGAUUCAUUCCAAUGUAUCUUUAAUUGGACGAUUCGCCUCGAUUCAAUAUAUUUUUACUACAGAGGUUUUUAUGAGCUGUUCGUCUACUACUUAACAUGAUCUUGUAGAAAUUCAUUUGUAACAGUGCUGUAUGAUUUUUUUUGAGUGACUAUAAACGAUGGAUACAAAUUGUUUCAUAA